GACGUCCCCCCCCCUCCACCAGAGACCAUGCUGUGGAAACUAGCCGACAACGUCAAGUACGAGGAGGACUGCGAGGAACGGCACGACGGCAGCAGCAAUGGGAACCCGCGGCUGCCUCACCUGCCGGCGGUCAGCCAGCACCUGUACAGCCCGCCUCCCUCCCUCUCCCACUCGGCCGGCUCGGACUUCCAGCCCCCCUACUUCCCUCCCCCCUACCAGCCCAUCUCCUACCCGCAGUCCGGCGACCCGUACUCCCACCUCGGCGACCCCUUCAACAUCAACUCCAUCCACCAGUCCCCCUCCGCCAACCAGCAGCAGUCCUGGCCCGGCCGGCAGAACCAGGACGGGCUGGGCUCGCACGCGCGCGGCGGGCUGGCGGGUCAGAUCCUCGGCCUGGAGGGAGGCUCGUCGGGGGUGAGGCGGGACUCGGGGUUCCGCCGGCCGGAGCUGCUGCCCCCUCACGUCCACGGCAUCGACACGGCGUCGGUGAUCGGCGACAAUUUGGGGAUGCACGACAUGGGCCACGGGGGGCUGGAGGACGUGCAGCAUGUAGACGACCACAGCAUUAUAAUGGCAGAUCAGACAGUCAUCAAAAAAGGCCCCGUGGCUUUACCCAAAGGCAACGCGCUGGGUCUCCCCUUCCAGAAGGAGUCCCUGCUGGGCAUGGUGUCCAACCCCACCGAGGUGUUCUGCUCCGUGCCCGGCCGCCUCUCCCUGCUGAGCUCCACCUCCAAGUACAAGGUCACCGUGGCCGAGGUCCAGCGGCGUCUCUCGCCCCCCGAGUGCCUCAACGCCUCCUUACUGGGCGGCGUCCUGCGCAGGGCCAAGUCGAAGAACGGCGGCCGCUCUCUGAGAGAAAAGCUGGACAAGAUCGGGUUGAACCUGCCCGCCGGAAGGAGGAAGGCCGCCAACGUCACCCUGCUCACCGCUCUGGUAGAAGGUGAGGCCGUCCACUUAGCGAGAGACUUCGGCUACGUGUGCGAGACGGAGUUCCCCGCCAAGGCGAUCGCCGAGUAUCUCGGCCGGCCGCACGCGGAGCGCAACGAGGUCAACUCUCGCAAGAACAUGCUGCUCGCCGCCAAACAAAUCUGUAAGGAGUUCACCGACCUGCUCACUCAGGACCGCUCCCCGUUGGGCAACUCGAGGCCGGCGCCAAUCCUGGAGCCGGGCAUCCAGGGCUGUCUGACCCACUUCAGCCUCAUCACCCACGGGUUCGGCUCGCCGGCCAUCUGCGCCGCCAUGACCUCGCUGCAGAACUACCUGAACGAGGCUCUCAAACAGGUGGACAAGAUGUACCUGACCUCCGGCAGCGACACCCAGGGGUCCUCGGACAGCGGGAGCAAAUCCGCCGACAAAAUGGAGAAGCACCGGAAAUGAGGCCUCCGAGGAGGGGAGCCCUCGUGAACUUCAGACGCCCACCGCCCUUCCCCCGACCCUUCACGUCUCCCCCUUUUUUGGACUAUUCUGCUAUUUACUAUUGUCACAUAUUUCUAAGAGAACUGACCCUGAUUUUUUGUUUGUUUGUGUGUGUGUGUGUGUACGUGUUCCCACGCUGUUUUACGAGCACUGCACUCUGGAGAACUUCGGGAUUUCUACGAACUCGUCAGUCCUUUGUUUCACCACCGGUGGCUAACCUUUUGGCAGGACGGCCAUGGACAUACCGGCGGAAGCUCCGCCCAUACCAGGAAGUAUAACGUGCCACAGUGAAACAAGCCAGACAGAGCGCACAGUGCAAAACACUACGGCGGCUCGUGGGCCAACGCUACGAUCACAGGACUCGGACUCUGCUGGAAGAGAAGAAGAGGAGAACAGAGAGCAGACUUUGUAUUUUUCUUCUUCUUCCUUUUUUUUUUUUUUGUUUUUCACCCUUGAGGACAUCAUUUCAAGAUGAGUUGCUGUGGCUGGGAAUUCUUACCCCCACCUCCCCACCCCCACCUCCCCACCGCCGCCGCCACCCUCAA